AUGCAUUUGCUUUUCUUUUCUUCUUCUUCUUCUUCUUCUUCUUCUUCUUCUUCUUCUUCUUCUUCCCAUCCUUUACCCACUUUUCUAUUACGCGCAACGUCGAGCGCUUUCAUAUUAAUUUUCAUCAUUUUUUUUACUCGUUGUUCAUCUUCGUAUUUUUCGCCAUUAACGCCUUCCUCACAGAUUUCUUCACUUUUUUCUUCUCUUUAUUUUCUAAUUCUUUUAGUAUUUCAUAUUUUUUCCCCAAUUUUUCUGUCUUAUUCCCCUUCAUUUUUUUUUAAUUUGCCUCUUUAUGUUUUGUUUCGUCUUUCUUCUUCACUUUCCUUUCGGUUUUCGACUCUCCCUUUUUUUUCUGCAUUUUUCCUUCAUUAUUUUAAAGCAUGUUCAUAUCUUACAUCGUUAUCAAUAUCCCUUUAUUUUAUAUUUUUCCUUGUCUUUUUUUUUUUGCUUUUUCUUUCCUUAGCUUCAAGCCCUCCUUCUGUUGAAUUUCUUUCUUUGAUUGGUUCGUUAUCUUUCCUCAAUGUUUUUCUUUUCACUCUUCUCAUCUAA